UCAAAGUCUCCCUUCUUUGCUUCAUCAAAGCUCUCUAUAAUUUACCCAGAAAAUAAACAUGGUCAAUCCCAAGAAACUCAUCAAGAUGGCAAGGGAGUGGCAGAAGGUAGCUGCCAUCAGGAGGAAGAGAAUUUCUCUUCCAAGAACCCAUCAGGAUUUGGAUGCUGGCUAUUGUAGUACAUCGUCAGUUGCUGAUAAGGGCCAUUUUGUUGUCUACACAGCUGACCAACGACGAUUCAUGAUUCCGAUAGUUUAUCUCAACAGCGAGAUCUUCAGAGAACUCUUUGAGAUGUCUGAAGAGGAGUUUGGGCUGCCAAUUGACGGACCUAUCACACUUCCUUGUGACUCAUUCUUCAUGGAGUACAUCAUCUUUUUGGUCCAGAGAGGUGUAGCUAAAGAUCUGGAGAAAGCUUUGCUUACAUCAGUUGCUUACACUCAGUCCUCAUCUUCUUUCUUUUCCCACCAAGAACAGAUGAACUCGAGAUUACUUGUUUGUAGUUACUGAAUUAAUGAU